AUGAAUUCUAAUAAUGAGUACUCGUAUCACGUACCUGACGGCAAGGAUAAGGAUAUACUAGACCAGUAUGACUCCAAUGUAGGUACUUCUCCAUAUUCGGCUCCACUAGAUUCGUCAGCUAUGCCUAACGGGUUCCUUGGCCAUGUCUUGGAUCAAGACAUGUAUAUCAAACAAGAAGACGACAACAACACCCUCACCCAGGCCGCACGUGAUACAAGGUCUAAUGGGGUGCAACUGCUGAUUAAAGAAGACAUGUUCCAAGAGACUGGCAUGGGCGGGUUGGGAGCGGUAUUUCCAUUCGAGCCUAUAUCACCGCAAUGGCCCGCAAACAUGCCCUGGGACUUGAGUGACCAGAGUCCGCAAACACGUCUACUGCCACAGGAGCCCCAGCCUGCCCAGACAUCCCAGAUAACCCAAAAUAAACCAUUAAGCAGAACACUGUGGAGAUUACCUACUCAGCUGCAAAAUUUCCACGAGCACCGAGAUUCUCACGGAAGCCACCCCGGCAGCAGCGGCUCAGAAAGUCGUCAUGCCAGCACCAGCGAGGUGAACACGGAUCGGGUGCCGGGCAGAUCGGCACACAAUAUCAUUGAACAGCGUUAUCGAAACAAAAUCAACGAUCGCUUCGACGAGCUUCUGGCAUGUGUACCGGCACUCCGGGCUGCUUACCGGCGUCGCAGUACUUUAGACGGUGUCAAGGCAGACGAAGACGAGGACGAGCCAGGCGGGUCCGACGAAGACUUAGAAGGACUUGCGCCCGCCAGAAAAUUAAAUAAGGGCACCAUACUUGAAAAACUGGUGGAAUACAUCGAGUUUCUCAAAUUGAAAAAUGCCCGUAUAAUGAAGGAACGAGAGAAACUACUAGAGCAGGCGCGCAUGAUGGGGCUUCGGGUGGAUGACGAUGAGUGA